GUUCUCUCCAUCUCUGCCCUGUUCCCUCCGUCUCUGCCCUGGCUCCUGCUUCUACUGCUGCCUCGUCAUCGCAUCCCAGCGCUGCCUGCAUCCGCCAACCAUGCUGCCCACGAUAACCACCCGGGACACCUCCGGGCGCGCUCACUCGUUUCUGGGCUCGCCGAGCUCGCCGGCCUAUAACCGAGCGCAUCGACGGCCACGAUCGCUCAGUUCCGUGCCGACCUAUCUCAGACGGCUGGUCAACUUCUCGCAAAUGGAUUUUGAGUUUGCGCUAUGGCAGAUGCUCUAUCUAUGCAUUUCCCCGCAACGACUAUACCGAAACAUAUACUACCACAAACAGACCAAGAACCAGUGGGCAAGAGACGACCCAGCCUUUGUUGUCCUGAUUGCCGCAUGCCUCAGUGUGACGGCUAUCGCAUACGGAAUCGCAUACAAGCUAGGCGCCCUUGGAAUCAUCGGAGCUCUGUUGUUCAUGAUUUUCAUUGAUUUUCUGCUCGUGGGUGUGGUUGUUGCGACGGCUGUUUGGUUCUUUGCAAACCGGUAUCUCAUCCAGCAUCACACCCAUUCGGUUGAGCAGUCGGUCGAGUGGGCGUAUGCCUUCGAUGUCCACUGCAACUCGUUCUUCCCGAUGUUCCUGGUGACGUACGUCUUUCAGUUUUUUUUCCUGGCGAUCGUCACCAAAGACACCUGGGUGGGCCGGAUCCUGGGAAAUACCCUGUAUCUGCUGGGGACCUCUUACUAUGUCUACAUCACCUUCCUCGGAUACAAAGCCCUCCCUUUCUUGAAGAACACCACGGUGUUCCUUUACCCCAUCGGCGUGAUCGUGAUUCUCUACGUUAUUUCACUGCUCGGCUUCAACGUCAGCAAAGUGAUCUUGGACCUGUACUUUUGAGACAGCAGCCCGGCACGGCCUGUCUGCUGUCUUCUGCCUCCUCUCUCCAGCCGUGUCCGAUCGUGUAUGUAUAGGAAUACAGCCUCUUUCCACAAGCGCA